UACCCAGCAGACGGCGAGGGACCGGGGCCUCUUCCUCAGGGUCCGAACCAAUAGGUGGCCCCGCCCCCACCCCGGAUUCUACUCCACCAUGGGAGCCCCCCCACCUGUGGCCGGCUGGACCGGGCUGCUUCUGCUCUUGCUGUCGUCGGAAGCCUGGGCAGGUGGGGGAUCCAACCUUCUCUCGGCUUCCCCCUUCCACUCCCCUCCAGGACACUGGAGGGCCCAGGGCUCCAAGGUGCUGCAGGGGCAGGAGUGCGAAGCCCACUCACAGCCUUGGCAGACAGCCUUGUUCCAGGGCAUCUCACUGCUCUGCGGGGGCGUCCUCAUUGCAGAAAACUGGGUGCUCACGGCAGCACACUGCAAAAAGCCGAAGUUCACAGUCCGUCUGGGAGACCACAGCCUGAAGAACAAGGAAGGGUCAGAGCAAGAGCUGGCGGUGGCUGAGUCCAUCCCACACCCCUGCUACAACAGGAGCAGCGAGGACCACAGCCACGACCUGAUGCUCGUGCGGCUCCGGGGCCGGGUGUCCUUCGGACCCAAAGUCAAGCCCAUCAGGCUGCCGAAUCGCUGCGCUCAAGUUGGCCAGAAAUGCACCAUCUCUGGCUGGGGCACCGUUACCAGCCCCAGAGAGAACUUUCCUGACACCCUCAACUGUGCAGAUGUGGAAAUAUUCUCCCAGAAGAAAUGUGAGAACGCCUACCCCGGGCAAGUCACAGAUGGCAUGGUCUGUGCUGGUGACAGUAACGGGGCUGACACCUGCCAGGGUGAUUCCGGAGGCCCUCUGGUGUGUGACGGCAUUCUCCAAGGCAUCACGUCCUGGGGCUCGGACCCCUGUGGGCGGCCUGAGAAGCCCGGGGUCUACACUAGCACCUGCCGCUAUGUGAACUGGAUCAAGAAGACCAUGGGCAUCAGGGGCUGAUCCUAAGAAGAGAGUUCUGGGUUCCGAUCUUUAAUAAACACCCUUCACCUGUCA